AGCCAACCCGCUCUACCUCCUGAGACACAUGACCUGUCGAGGAGGAAGUAGAACCGAGCAGUAAAACGUCAACGCACCACGAAGAGGAACCGCAUUUCAGAAAUCCUUUUCUAGACGCUCCGUGAGAGAAUUAACCUCCGUUGGCUCAGAAAGCAGUGACAUUAGCGAAGGUAUCAUGUACUUCAGAGCCGUAUUGUCCACGUUAGUGGUCGCUCUGGUGUGCUGGUCGUCCAAAACAACUGCAGACUCAGGUGAAUGUACUACCGUGACAAAUUGUCAAGAAUGUACUGCCAUUGCUCUAUGCCAGUGGAUGAACUGCUCAUCAUCUGAUAAUCCCACCUGUGUCAAUACAACUGUAACGGGAGAUAAUGUCACUUGUGCUACUGCUAACUGCACAGCUCCUAUAAUCCCUACCCUCCCUACCCCCCCUACCACUCCUGCUCCCACCAGCCCCAAUGUCACCGACCCUCCCCGUUCGACCACAGCCAAUGGUACUGGCACCACGGCCACUCCCAUUCACACCACUGCCUCAACCCCCGUGCUCACCACUCCAUCAAAUGGCACCCAGCCCGGCCCCUCCACAGUGGUCCCAACCACGGCCCCCAGCAAGUCCUCCACCUUCGACGCGGCAAGCUUCAUCGGGGGCAUCGUGCUGGUCCUGGGCCUGCAGGCGGUCGUCUUCUUCCUGUACAAGUUCUGCAAGUCCAAAGACCGCAACUACCACACCCUCUGAACCGGUCCCCACACCCCGGCACACUCGGACCCACCACCACCACCACCUUCUCUGUCUAGAACCUUCUGAUGACCACCUUCCACCUCAGCACGCACUUCCUCAAACACGUUUCAGAUGAGUGGCUCAAACAGUGUUUCCAAGCAGCCCUACGUUGCUAUCCAACUUUUGUUGUUGCAGUUUGUUGUGCCACUCGUGGUGGUUUUAGAUGUAAGCUAGCACUGCAAUUGAGGGCUGUAUCUAACAACCGUGAGCCCGACCCACACUUGCUAGAGCCAACUAGAGUAAAGUUUCACUGUUAUAUGGCAGUGAUGCCUCCAGCAUCAAUAUCAUGCACCACCAGACCUGAUUCAGAAUCACGUAGGCAACAUGAAUUCACAAUUUUCAUCACAGGCAUCACAAUUUUCCUUUUUCUGUGUUUUGUUGUGUUAAUUACAGAAUAGGCAGAGAGACAUUUAGAGGUGGGACAGUUACAAACUGGUUACAAUUACACACUUUUUAUUUUACUAAGAUCCUGCAUGGUAAACACUGUUUGAGUUCCGUCACUUUGGUGAAUGUGACUGUAAGGAUACUUGCUGCUCCCUGUAUCGAUUGAAUUGGGGGGCAUAGCACCACAUCACAUUGGUGAAAACCCCAAGGGAACAAACAAUACUCCACACUUGCCAUUACCGAAGUGGAACAGUAUCAUCCUCAUGAGUUAAGGGCCGGCUUGACGCAUAUUGUAACAUUUAGAUUGGAGUUGAGUAUAUCGUUCCUCAUUUGAGUCUUCACUAGUGGUUCAGAUCAAACCUCCAGCUGCCACCAGGCAUGUCAACGCAAUACAUCUGGACUAUUUAUAAUUAGAUUUUCCUCCGGUCCAACCCUGGUAGAACAGUUGAUACAUAAGAAUCAAAGUUUGCCCCUUUCUUUGAGAGAAGACACUCGUGUCAAUAUAUACAUGCGGGAAGAACUGAGUGAUUCCCAUCAGUUUGAAAAUUGUAUAGAGAUAAUAUAAAGGUUUGAAUUGAGAAGGCAAGGACCUUUUUGUUGUGGACAGUGCUAGCAGUGAAGUGCCUUUAAUGUAAAAUGGCAAUGUAACAUUUUUGUUGUGUUGACCAUGAAAGAGAAAAUAAGAAGCCUUGUCCUCUUGGCAGAGAUCCAGGUGGCAUUAGAGAGUGUGUAUGUGUGUGUGUGUGUGUUUGUGCGCGUGCAUUUCAUGUUUGGUGUCAACCCAAUGUAGUAUCGCAGCUGGACUGAACAGUCUCACUAUUUAAGAGUGCCGUGUACUAAGCUUGUCCCCUGUUGGCUUUGAUACAUUUGCGCUCAGUGACCGAAGAAGUCACUUUGUUGGUCUACGUCAUCCUGGUAGGAGUAUUAUAUAUUAGGAGGAAAAGGAAAGGUGAGGGAUUAAAUUUAAAAUGACAGUGGAGUAUAUAGUUAAAAAAUAUAUACAGAUUUGAGUAAACGUUGGAAUAGUGUACCGAUUACUUAUUUGUGUGCAAGUAAGCAGCUGCUUGACUUGCAGAGAGUUGAAGCAUGUGAUCCCAUGUCACCGAUGACAAGGAUUCUAAUUGGCUGGCUGCUCACUCUCUGAUUCAGGCCCUCCUUGUACAUACAGACACACGGUUUCUCUACACUUACCUUUAAUGCAACAUGAAAGUGCAUCAGUAUAGAUAUAGCUAUAGCUUUCGCUCAGACCUGCUCCUCAGACCUGCUCCUCAGACCAAAUGCUUCAGUGCCGUUUUGAUUGUCCUUUUUAAUUUUUGUAUCGGUUGGGAUUUUGCAAGCUAUAAUUUGCCAUUCUGAAAAGAAAAAAUUGCCCAGAUUUCAAAUAUUUUUUCUACACGGCUGACACAAACAGACCAUUAUUUAGUGUAAAUUAGUAUGCCAAUGAAGAGUUAUGCCUUGAAGCAUUGUGCAUUAAGCCAAAGUCCUCCAUUUGGCAUGGAAGAUGGAGCACUCACAAAGCUUUGUUUUUGUAACUUUUGCCUUUAAUGUUUCGAUGGUUUCUGCCACCACAAAAAAAUUGUGAAUGCUUCUAUUAUUCAUAAUAUUUAUCCGACAAUGAAGAGAAGUUAUUUCUUUACCACUGACAGUGUCAUUUAUAAAUGUGCAUGUGACUUAUAUUUUUACGGACAUUUGAUUUCAUUCUCACUCUUUAAUGAUGUAACCUCACUUCUCGUGACGACAUUAGGCUACAGCCCAAAUACUCUCUUCAUUGGAUCCAACGCCACACAAUGUCAUAUGCACCUAAAGCCCCUUUCUGGAGAGCGUUUUCCCCUUCCUAGUUACUAAGUAGUUCAGCCCCAACACAUCUUUAGGAAGAAGUGCCUUAUUCAGUUGAAUACAUCCAUAUAGUCCUCCAUUAGUUUGGUCUUGAAUCACAAUAUGACGCACCUUUUAAAAUGUUAAGUAGAACUUUGCACCUUCAGACCGUCCUUACAGAUUGUUCCGUGGUGUAUUCCGCCUAAAUGUCUGCUCAAACUCCCCCUUGUCUACAUCCUUUCAUUUCUUCAUUUAUUUUUAACGCAGAAAAGUCUUUGAGCACAUUUGGACAUUUUUCCUUCAAAAAGACAAGUCACAAAAUCUACUUCAACUGUAGUUUGGAUUUCAUAUUUUCGUGACCCUAAAUCCAAUCCAAAAAGACAUCUUGUCAUCAACGGCUAAUUUCAAAUGUUGCCUGUUCCUAAUGCCAGGGCUUGGGUUGUACAAUGUGAAACUCCUGUUGAUUGUAUUUGAAAAGCCUCUUUUUGUCCUUGCUUGCCUUGUUGCUCGGUUAUCACUUGCACAAAUUGCCAUACUUUUUUGCUCCCAUUUUAAGAGGCCACCCCAGUUGUUUGUUUGGUUUUACAACUAUACUAGACUCUUGCUGGUAUUAUUGUGCCAACAUUAAUUCAGUUAGCUUAUUGUCUUUUUUUUUGUUUUGAAAUGAAUGUUAUUUCAGUUCAACAUGAAUCAAUAAAGUUUGAAUAUUGUUACACAAGA